AUGGGGACCACUUCAGUACCAACGUUUUUAUCGGAGGAUGGAUUACCGUUCGGUAGGCAAGGAGGGGCAAGCCCCAUGCUGCCUCCCUGCACUCCCUUUGGUAAUCCACCGGUGAUUCAAACUACAGCCGAAGACAAGCUUUUGGCCCAAAUCACUUCCCUUCGGAAGGAUAUGGUUAAGCUCCAAGAGCACAACAACCUCAUCUCGUCCAAAGUAGACGAAACCCAGCAACUGCUCAAUCAGCAGCGAACGCAAACCAUUCAAACAACCUAA